CUGCGGGGCGAUGGGAGGUCGGCCCGCACUUCCGACAGCGGAGCAGGGUUCGAAGGACUGAACCUCCGGGCAUUUGGGUGCGGAGAGGAGAUGCCAGACCUGGGGGCUCGGCCCACUGCAGGCUGCAGUUUGAGGGUCUCAGGCUAGUCCGUUACCGCCUUUCAGGUGUCUUUGCUGCGGCAGGCAGUGAGAGCUAAAAUGUGUUGUACCAGUAUUCAUUCCUUUUGGUGUGUUUUCCCAUUUUAUUGGAAGAGAAGUAGUAAAUACUAGUCAGGCCUUGCAAGCAACUUUUCAUGGUGUAUAUUUUGUGAGUUAAUGUUCCCUUUUGAUUGUUCUCUCUUUCAACAGAUGGCAAGUGGCAGCCAGAAAAGGAUAAUACAAAUAACUGGAUUUAAAAAACAAGAGAAGAAGGCACUGCUCAAAUGUCUGUUCAAGCUGAACUGUGUUUUUAUAGAGAGUAAGGUAUUGUUCAUUAAAAAACAGCAAAGAGGGUUUGAGCAGGAAGUAAAAAUGCAAGCCUUAGAAGAAAGGAUUGUGCAAUAGGAAAGUGGGUACUAACUAAGGAGUACAUAAUUAAUAGUGCUGAAAGUGGCAGAUGGCUUGAUGAAGCAACGUACGAAUGGGGAUAUGAAAUUGAAAGAGACACCCAUUAUUCACCUCAAAUGCAAUCUGCACCUAAAAGAUGGCGUGAAGAACUGACAAACUCUAGUGCUCCAGGGGCCUUCCACAGAUGGAAAGUUGUCCUCCUUGUUAAGAGAGGUGAUAAACGAAUGCCAUGUAUUAGAAGAGUUCUUAAAGCUGGAAAGGCAACCAUAUGUUCAUCUAAAAAUGCAGAGCACAAUAUAACUCAUGUAUUCAUCGGUGGUAAAACUUCUCCUCUACAAAACAAAAAGUGCCUCUCUGAAGCUCAACACUACUCUUUGCAAUAUAUAGGACGUUACCUUUUUGAAAAUGAAAUACAAAGUCCCGAAGAUACACAGAUGAACUGUUUCCUGGCUGCACAAGAAACAGAUCAAGUCUUGUCUGAAAUGCAACUUGCUAAAAUAAAAAAUGCUAUUAUUAAGCAUAUGUAUUUUACUGCGACUAUUAAGCAUAGACUUGCUCAAACAGACCAGCUGCUCAAAUGCAAUCCAGAGGUUAAAAGUACUGACUGGUCCAGAGGCACUUGGUAUAUACUUCAAGGAUUAGUGGAAGAGGACUUACUUCAUGAUGUAGUCACGGAACUUGCUGCAGGCCAAAAGUACCAUACACCUCCUGUGCAACUUCUUCAUUCUCUUCUAGAAUAUGUCCUAUUGGGAAAUGCCAGUGCAAUGUUUUUUGCCAAACUCUGUCAUGUGUUGUACCUUGUUCUUCAACAUGAACCUCCCUGGAAGUCCCAAUCUAUGUUAAAGUAUUAUUUGGAUCUUCUUCAGUGUCCUAUCUGUAAGAAAGGCACAUGGUCGUUGAUAGAGAUGCUUGUAAGGUCUUGCCUUUAUUGCAAAACAAUUUGUCAUACAGUCCCAGUUUCUCUCCCAGGGAGAGAAGAUGAACUGAGGAUAGUUCAUAAAACAUUAUUGAAGUUUUUCUUUGAUUUAGUAAAAGGCGAAGUAGAGUUUCUGACAAAAAGUUUGGUUGAAGGAGUGAAUUCACAGCAUCAACAAGUCUUGCCACAGACAGUUCUUCAGAAGACAUUCUUGCUUGAAAGCGGAACCGCAGUGCUUUUUACCAAACACAUAAAUAUUCUAGCAGAUUGGGUCAUACUUUCCCAUAGAGAAUUGAACAGAAGAAAUGAUGCUUUCAGAAGUGAAGUUGCUGGUCUAAUAAAUGCCAUUCUUGGAACUGUAGUGGAAUAUUGGAUCAUCUCAGGUUUGCUUAUGGACAGAAAUAUGUUUCAUCAAGUACCUGAUGAUUUGGCACACUACCUUGCCAUUUCUUGUGACGAUUUUUCUGUAUGUGAAUUAAAAAUGUUUAUUUGUGCCAUACCAUCUCCCUGGCUUCAAAUGUUUGUUGCAGAAGCAAUUUUCAAACAAAUGUGUUUACAGAGGGAUAUUACUGUUUCUACAGAACCUCUUUCUCUUCAGAAAAUAGUCUGUUCCUAUUCACCUGCUUUGCGAGAGAUAGGGAUGCGUGAGACAAAGAUACACAAAGCAAAGAAAAAGAAAAUAGGGCAACAGCCAUGCCCUGAGUCUCAAAGGACAUUACAGAUGCUAAAUGGCGAUAAGCAGAACCAAGUCAAAGUGCUGCCUGAUCUACCUGACUUAAUCUUUAAUAAACCUAGAGCAAAAGCAGAAUUUCAGACUGCACACACCAAAGAGAGUUAUCUUUCAGCUGAAGAAGUAUACAAGAGAAAUAUCAAAGGAGAGACAGCCCUGCAUAAAGCUUGCAGAAAUAACAAAGUGGAGAGAUUGAUUCAGCUUCUCUCUUUCCCAGGAAUAGACAUUAAUGUUAAAGAUUAUGCUGGCUGGACGCCUUUGCAUGAAGCCUGUAACCAUGGCAGCACAGUGUGUGUCCGUGAAAUUCUGCAGCGUUGUCCAGAGGUAGACCUGCUCAGUCAAGUGGACGGGGUGACUCCUUUGCAUGAUGCACUGUCAAAUGGACAUGUAGAAAUUGGCAAGCUGCUACUUCAGCAUGGGGGGCCAGUCCUUCUAGAGCAGAGGAACUCCCAUGAGAAAUUGCCACUGGAUUAUGUUGAAUCAGUCGCAGUAAAGGAAGAACUUUUGAGUCUUGUUCAACCAGGAGAGAGCUUCUAUGAAUGCAGAAAACAGGAUUUUUGCAGUCAGAAGAGAGAACUGUGUUUGAUUUUAUUUAAUAAGAUGCUGCUGAAUUUUUGUUCAGUUUAUAAUCUGUCUUCACCCUUGACUUUAACUCUCAGAGAGGUAGCUUGUUCAAAUGUACUUCCAGUAAUGGCUUGUGAUAGCUCUAAGAUGAAAAAUAAAUUUUCUGAAGAUUGGUUGGUAGAUGUAUAUUUUAGAGAGGUAGAGACUUUCCAAAAGCUACCACAAUUUCUUCAAGAAGUAUCUGCAAACAUGUUUUUCUUCCCUGGUGAACAGACAAAGGCCUUAUUAGCAGCUCUGGAAACUAUGGUAGAAGCAUAUCAGCUCUUAAAUCUUUUUAGCAGUUAAAUUCCAAACAAGCCACAUUGGCUGAAUCUUGACUGUUAACCCUUGAUACUGGCCUAACUUUUUUUCCAGCAACCAAAGAAGUACAAAUUUCAUACCCCUGCAAAAGCCCCACAUGUUGGGAUCUCCCACUUUGUUAAUAUUUUCCUCUAGCAGAGCCUGGAAGUCAGAUACACUGAUCCCGCACGUUUUUUAGGCAAAAAUUUUCCAGUACCAGUGCUUUCUCUUUGCCUGACAGAUCUGGAUGUGUAUGAUCUUAGUACGGUGCUAUAUAAUUUACACGCAGUUAAACUUUGUAUUUUCUGUCUUAGAAGUAUUUUUUUUUCCUGCCUUGUGCCAUAUUUCUCUUUGGUUUUCAGAGGUAGUGACCCUAAACUUAAACCAAGCAGUUGAUUAUUUUAUUCCUUGAGAAAGGCUUGUGUCUACAUAUUUUGAUAUCCUUUAAUAAAGCUAGUGUUAUAAAUAUGUCAUGAAAUAAAAACAUAUGGAAAAGCAAA